CAUACCAACCCCAGGACAGAGAAGAACUGCAUCAUAGGGCUUCCAAGAAGCAGCAGUUGAAUUCGAGCUGCUGACCUUUUGGUUAGCAACCAUAGCUCUUAACCACUGUGCCACCAGGGUUCUGAGGGACAUCAAUAGCAAUUACAAUCAGGAAGGUUGCAAGGGAAAAACAACUGAAAGCCAUUUUUUCAUAACUUAAUUCUUCAUGUUUUCAGGGCCUCUGUCAUUGCCUCUCAGGUAUGAGCUGCCUUACCCAGAGAUGUCGAAUUCUACCACAAUGAUGGAAUUUAUCCUGAUGGGGUUUUCUGAUGAAUGGGAACUACAGGUUUUGCAUGCCGUAUCCUUCUCUCUGAUGUAUUUGCUGACUCUCAUUGGGAAUUUUCUCAUUGUUAUUGUCACCACCCAGGACAAGAGCCUUCACACCCCCAUGUAUUUCUUCCUCAGGAAUCUGUCCAUCUUGGAUGCAUGCUACAUUUCUGUAACGGUCCCUAAUUCAUGUGUCAAUUCCCUGUUUGACAGCAGUGUGAUUUCAAAAGCAGGGUGUGUAACUCAGGUCUUCCUAGUGAUUUUCUUUAUAUAUGUGGAGACACUGUUCCUCACCAUCAUGGCCCAUGACCGCUAUGUGGCCAUCUGCCAGCCUCUCCACUACUCUAUGAUCAUGAACUCUCAGGUUUGUGUCCAGAUGACACUGGCUUCCAUCCUCAGUGGUCUGGUCUACUCAGGAUUUCACACAGGCAACACCUUCAGGUUGCCCUUUUGUCAGUCCAAUGUUAUUCAUCAAUUUUUCCGUGACAUCCCCUCUCUACUGAAGCUCUCCUGCUCUGACACCUUCAGCAAUGAGAUCAUAAACAUUGUCUCUAGUCUUGUGAUUGGUGGAGGCUGUUUCAUUUUCAUUAUCAGGUCUUACAUUCACAUAUUUUCUACUGUGCUCAAGUUCCCAAGUGGAGCAGUCAGAGCAAAAGCCUUUUCCACCUGCAUCCCUCAUAUUCUUGUGGUAUCGAUCUUCCUCAGCUCACUUGUAUACAUAUACCUAAGGCCAUCUGCAAUCUCUGCAACCAUUCAGGAUGUGGUCCUUUCUGUGUUCUAUUCCAUAAUUCCCCCCCUCUUCAACCCAAUUAUCUAUAGUCUUAGAAAUGAACAAAUAAAAUAUGCCAUCAAGAAUAUCAUGAAAAAAUAUUUUAAUCAAGAAAUUUAUAGGGAAUUGCUUAGGCUUACUCUACCUUAUUAGUUAAAACUCACGUGUUCAAAAAUAAAUGGAGAUUAUAGAUUGUUAUUAUAUAGAUGUACUUUA